AUGGAUGAGAAAACGCUCUUUCAAAUAUUUAAUAUACCGAGGGAGUCUUUCACAAAGGAUCUGCUAAAGAGCAGCUACUACAGCAUAAUUAAGAACGUGCACCCAGAUAAGAUGGCUGCCAGCGCAGAGGGCCGAGAGGAGGCAGCGCAGUUCAUAAACAAAGCGUAUAAAACACUUAGCAACGACUAUGUUAGGAGUAUUUACGAAUAUUCGCUGGACAACAUGAGAAAUUUGGUGAAAAGAGAUCUUCCACAGGGAAUAUACGGAGAUAAGAAAAUAACCGUGCUGGACCUUGAAAAAGAAAGAAUCGGGUGCAACAAGGGGCUUGUGAGCACAGAGUUCCUCGAUGAAAUCCUGGGCCUAGAAGAUAAGAUAGAGAGCGUGCACGGGGAAGAGCUUGAAGAAGUAGAAGGCCUUAUAAAAAAAGAAAUAGAAAAGUGUGCAGAAAAUAAAAAAGACGUAAAAGCCCUUGCCAGAUGGAAGUACUACGACAGACUUAUCAAUAUUAUUCUGCAGAAGAAAAUGAUCGAAUAG